AUGUUCAUCGAGGUGAAAGACAUGCCCAAAGAGUACGAACAUUUACGAACCUGUCUUCAGAUCGAGCAGACAAGAUGUCUCCUCUGGGGUGAAAAGGUUGGCCUGGCAGAGGACCUACUCGAUCAACCAAGCAAACUGUUGCAGCUGAACAGUAAUCUGGUGGUGGAGAUCCUGCAACAGGUCCAGUCUUCAUUCCGAGCGUGUCUCGCAGUGACCACAAAAUACGACCCUCUCACCGCUGCACAAAGUUCGGUGAAUCAGAUUCCCAGUCAGCGAGUCGAGGACAUCCGGAAGCUCAACUUUCUGGAGAAAACGUUGACGGUCUGGAGCAAAGGCAGCCGGGUCGCAAGUCGAGUCAAUUGGGCGAUGCUGAGGAAAGGUGGCCUGGAGAGACUGAUUUCCCGACUGAUCCAGUAUAACAAUCGCAUGGAGUCCUUCCUUGAUCGCAGCAGUGUAGAGGAGCUCCGUGUGGAGCAAAUACAGACGCAUCUGGCAUUGCUCCAAGUGGCCAACGAAUUAGGACAGAUACAUGACCUCGUACGUGCCGUACGUUUCACGAAURGAGGACUGGACGGCGGUUCCGAAUCCGAAAGCAUCUUUUCUCAGGCGGAAACGCUCGUCGAGGAGCCACGACAGUCGCAAUCUCUAGUGUUGGUGUCACUGGCUGAGUUCAAAGCACACCAUUUGAGGUUGACGCUGAAUCCAGCACGGCGUGAUGGGUUGAGCUUGUCAAGUGGCGAGUUCUCCUGGCCCGAGGGUGCUAAAUCCACAGGACGUCAGUCAGCAGAGUACCGGGGUCAAAAAGUGUGGAUGGAGUGGCGAGAAAGCGUGGAUGAAGCCCUCUCUCUCAGCGACCGUACCGCGAGACGGUCGAGAAGCGGGUGA